AAUUGAGAUUUGCUGGCCUCGAAUGCUCAGUGCUGGACGGAUCAACAUUGUAUCGGUAUUGCGGAAAGUCACUUGCUAGUUCUAUUGUCUCGUUGGAUCCAGCAGGUUCUAGAGGAUCCUAUAGAGGGAAUCCCCGAGGUGCUCGUUCGACAUGGCCACCGUGCUAACCACGUUCUCGGUCCUCAAGGACCACGUCAAGUUAAAGGUCAGCCAGGAUUACGUGGCCAUCGACAAUCCCGUGUUCAAGUUGCACUACAGGGCCACGUUUCUGAUAUUGCUCAUUAGCUCGCUCCUGGUGUCCUCCAGGCAGUUCUUCGGAGAACACAUCAGAUGCAUUUCCACUGCUGGCGUGGAGGAGAAAGUGAUCAACACUUUCUGUUUCUUCACUUCCACCUACACCGUGGUGAAACACAUGAACGCCACGUCACUCGAGCAAGGCGAAAUUCCUCAUCCUGGCGUUGGGCCCGCAGGCAAAGACGACCCCGUGGUGCAUCAUGCCUACUACCAGUGGGUCCCCUUUGUUUUAUUUUUUCAAGCUAUCUUCUUCUACGUGCCUCACUACCUGUGGAGGAAUGCUGAAGGGGGUCGUUUGAAGGCGUUGGUGACGGGUUUGCGUAUGGCGUCGAUGUCGUUGCACGACACUCCUUUGACUACCGAUAACGGCAUCACGGUGCCGUCGAAGCAGGAACGUGACGACAAAAUUCGACAAAUACGCGUCGCUUUUUUAAAUCGUAUCCAUCUGAACCGACCGUGGGCGUACUAUCUGGGCCUGUGCGAGGUUCUAAAUUUCCUAAACGUGCUGGUGCAAAUUUAUUUAACCGACUGGUUCCUCGGUGGGGCCUUCCUUGGGCUUGGUCAAUCUCUAGCGGAUGACAAGUAUAAUUCUAGAAUGAUGGAUGCCCUCGACGUCACUUUUCCCAAGGUAACCAAGUGUUUGUUCCACAAGUAUGGUCAUUCAGGAUCGAUAGAGACGCACGAUGCGUUGUGCGUCAUGGCGCUGAACAUUGUCAAUGAGAAGAUCUACGUGUUCCUUUGGUACUGGUUCAUCAUUCUUGCGGUGAUUACUGGUUUGGGACUGGUGUGGCGAUUGCUGACUAUGCUGUUACAUGCCAGGAAUAAAGUCUUCAAUAAAGUCGUGUUUCAAAUGGCCUGCCCAGGGAAAUACAAUCCCUGGAACGUAUUGACGGUUACCCAUGAGUGCCACUUUGGAGACUGGCUGUUUCUUUAUUACAUAGCGAAGAAUCUGGACAACUACGUGUUCAAGGAACUUCUGCACAAAUUGGCAGAAGACAUGCAAGCGAAACGCGACGAAUUUCUACGCAUUCCUUCCAAAGAGGAGGAGGAAACGUUGAAGAUGGUAUAAUGUAUCACUGCGAGAGGCUUUGCCUCGUAUGGAACUAUCAAAGUAUCUGGAUCAAUUUUCUAAGGACAGUUACGCUAUGUUUAUACCUUAGAUAUUGGUCUGGCCUGUUCGAGCGACGUGUACCUAAUUAGUCUUGAUUUUUACUGAUUAACAAUUAAGUGUAAAUAGAUUGCUGUGAUCAAUUAUGUACAGGGACAUUGAUCAUUUCUCUUUAUAUCACGUUUCAUCUUGUCAUCUAAACACAGAGUAAUUAUUAUUUAUUUAGAUCACAUGAAAGCAUGCUCGGAUCAUUUUUCUGUCGAAACGCAACUUGAUUCGACUUAAUGGAUAACUAUGUUUGAGAAUAAAUCUGUACAGUUAACGCAACUGGA